AUGCCUCAGGACAAGAAAGGCGUGAGUGCGCAGCCUGCGCAGGUCGAGGACUACGACAGCGACGAGAGCCGCGUCGUGCCCGAGACGGUCGUCCAGGCGUCGCACACUGGCCGUCCAGCUCGCAGCCAACAUGCCAACCUCAACUUGAAACCCACGGAUCGCUCCUCCCACCGACGAGAUGCAGCCAGCGACUCGGGCUACUCGUCGCACGCCAGCGCGCCGCUGGUCAGCACUUCCAGCAAAUCCCCUGCCCCUGCGCCCGCCAUGACUUCAGCGCGACAGCCACAGAGUCCUGUCAAAACCAAGCCCAUUCUCCACCGCGCCGACAGUGCGAGGAGCACUCAGAGAUCGCACACUGUGGCCGCUUCCACUACCAAAUGUCCGCGCGGAGAUUCUAAUUGUCGAAAUCCCAAAUGCUAUUCAGAGCCUAACCCUGAGCGACGUCAUACCUUUUACCAACCGCCGACGACUCAGCAACCACCGCCGCCGCAGCAGUACUCUCCCGCCCAGUAUCAGGCAGUCCCUCAGUACCAGUACGCGCAAGUCAACUCUGGCCAGAUGAGCGCUGCUCAAGCCAUGCCUCCGCCAGCGCGACCUCGGUCUGGUUCGAUGUCGCGACCAAGGCCACUCAGCAUGAAUGCAGGCUACGCAUACGAUUCCACUCGACCGGGACCUCCUCCUUCAGCCUCUGCAUACUACCCGUACUAUGCUCAACAAGCGCAGUAUCUCGGAACGACACCGCCGACUCAAGUCGUCCCAUAUCCACAGUCUCCACUGCCUCAAUCGCCAACAUCACCAACAGCAACGACGUACCCUGGCUUCCCUGGCUAUGCUGGCGGCCUUUCUGCUCGACAGAUGAAUCCAAACGUUCCUGGACUGGAAACGUUCAAGCCUGCAGCACCUGGCCUUACCCGAACAGUAUCAGCGAGACGACCAAGCGAUCGCCCUGCCAUGCCAGGCAAGUUCCCAGACCCUGAAUCGACCGAAUCAGAAUCCGACUCUGCUUCUUCGGGGAGCGAGUACUCCGAAUCUGAAGAAGAGGAUCACCACAGACGACGGCGCGAAUCUUAUCGAGAUCCACGACCACAGGAGCGAAGGAUGGCAGUCGUCCAACAAUCGUCGCGGCGACCUUCGGUCAACAAGAAGUACUACACUGAAACGGCGGUGCCAACCAAGAGUCGACGGGAAUCACGACCGCAAGAACCAUUACGACGUGCACCUCGAUCGGACACCGGGCUCGACUACCCAUCGUCAUCGGACAUCAACGACUCCGACAGGACACAACGAGCUGUCGUUGAUCGCAACCAUCGACGAAGCACGCUAUCGUCGGCGCAUAGCAGCCGUCGGCCAUCUGUGUCGACCACAGCCUCGUCGGGACGUACCAAGGCCACGUCGCUGUCGAGCAUGACCGACUACUCUCGAGUCAUCAUCGAAAGCCCAACUGGCCGACGUUCCGCUUAUCUAUCCAAAGAGGACCAAGCGAAGCUCAUCAAACGAUUGCAGGACCAAAGGCUCGACGACAAAAUUGAAGAACAGCGCAUGCGCGAGGAGAAGGUCGCCGCCUAUCAACGCAACAUCGGUGGCGAACCAUACGAACUCACUGCUGAAAAUAUCAAAGCCCAAAACCGUAAGAGCGGCUCUCAUUCGCACUCCCAUGUCUCUCGUGGCAAGAGUAGCAACCAUUCGGGAUCCAAGGCUUCUCGAUCAGAUGGCAUCAAGAUCAAGAGUGGCGAUACCGUACUCCACGUCUACGGCGACGCGAAAAUUGAGAUGAGACCAGGUGAAGAUGGUGGCGCGCCACAGCUAGUGAUUGCGAGCACUUCUGGAAGGGACAGCGGCUAUCAAGGCAGCAGUAAUUCAAAGAGCUCUGGGUCUCGAAUGGGCCGCUCUCGCGUCUCGAGACGAGACAAGGUCAUCCGUGAAGAAGAACUUUACGACGAAGGAGGGUUCGAGAAAGGGUACUGA